AUGCCAGUAACAUCGUCCACUGAGGAACAUCCGGCCACAUCGGCAUCCGAUGAUAAUGGUGGCGACCCGGCAAUAACGCACCAACAAUUUUAUGACACAGCCAAGGAACACGUGCAAGGCAAACAACUUAAAUCCUUGACAGGGUACACUUCGGAACGCCUCCGAACGGUUGCCCGUGUCAUUCGCGGAAUGGCCUGCUCGGCGCAAUGCGCGAGGCCGAAUACUUUCUUCUUGCACGAAUCAUCAAACAAAAAGAGCUGGUCGUCGCCCGUCCGCGGACAAGGGCUACUGCUGCCGGAGACUCUGGAGGUGGAAACGGUGGAGGUUCGGUUGGAGGAGGUACUGGCGGAGGUGGUGCUGGAGGCUCUGGCGGCGGAGGCGGAGGAGGCUCAGCUGGGAGGAGGUACUGGUGGAAGUGCUUCUUUCGGAGGCAGUUCUGGAAAUGCUUCUGCUUCGACUUUGAGCAUCAGCAAUCCCACUCUCAACCUCAACCUCCUCAACAACCUCCAUCCCACCAUCAACCUUAGAUAG